AUGUCUUUUGAAGAACCCAGACCCUUGGAGAGCGGCGACACUGCUUCUUUGGCUCCGCCAGCUUUAGAGGGUGCUCCUGUUGAAGAGACGAAUGUUUUACCGGCCGAUGAAGAGGCGUUCGACGAGGGCGAACCUGAGGUUGAGGAUGGAGAAAGUCUGUAUUCGCACGAGGAAGAGCGAGAUGUUGCGGAGAAAGAAGACAGUGCCACUCCUGAGGUUCAGACUGCCCCAAAUGAAGAUGCCAGCGAGGGAUUAGUGGACUCAGGAAGUGCCGAGACUUCUGCAUUUGUUCCAGCAACGGACCGAGACGAGGUCGAAAUUGCGGAUGCAGCAAACCAGGAUUUUGAGAAAGAGGCUGCUGAUGCAGGGGCUGCUACCGAAGACUCUCCAGAUUCAGCAAAAGAAACCGUUGAGGACACUGAGGGUUUGCCACAGCAGAAGAACUAUGGGCCACAAGACAGUUCUGAAGCCAACGAACCAGGUUCCACCGAAGAUGCCACACCAGCUGAAGUGAUUCAAAAUACCGUAUCAGAAAACGUUGAAGUGGAACCUAGGAACCAAGUAGGUGAAGUUGAUGUUGGUGCGACUCUUGAACAAGAUUGGCCAGAGCAUGCGAACGAGGAGCCCACCAUCGUGCCGGGACAUUCUGAACAGCCCAAGCCUUUCGAUGUUAACAAUUUCACGAACGGUGAUCGACAAGAAGAUGUCGACUACGAUUUGUUACAAAGACAGGCAACCGUGAUCUUGCAAAGUCACCUACUAGAGCUGCCCCAAUUUCAACGAUUGUCCGACUCCGAGAAACUGAAUGCAGUGAUAACCUUCCUAGACUCAAGCUCAGAAACUGCCUUACCUUCUAAAAGUUUGGCCGCGGCUCCACAAGCGCAGAUGGCUCAAGAAGCAGCAGGAAGACCUAAUCUUUUGCAGCCUAUGAGUCCUGCGGAACGCAAGCGCUAUAAUGAAUACCUGAGGGGAGAAAAUCGCAUCACCGAAAUUCAAAAUAUUCCUCCUAAGUCCAGGCUAUUCAUCGGAAACCUUCCUUUGAAGAAUGUGGCUAAAGACGACCUAUUUCGAAUUUUUUCACCCUAUGGACACAUCUAUCAGAUCAACAUUAAGAAUGCCUUUGGUUUCAUACAAUAUGACAAUCCCCAGUCUGUAAGGGCUGCAAUCGCUGGUGAGUCCAACGAGAUGAAUUUCGGCAAGAAGUUGAUCCUUGAGAUUUCCUCUUCUAACAGUAGACCUCAAUACGACCACGGCGACCAUGGAACCAACAGCAGCUCUACAUUCAUCUCUUCUUCCAAACGGCCAUUUGAUGAAGACGAGGAAGAAGAAGACAUGUACAGCGAAAGUCAAAAACGAGGCAAACGCCGUGUACCUGAAUGUCAAAUCUUUGUCAAGAGAACGGCGGACAGAUCUUAUGCAACCGAGGUGUUCAACAGAUUCAGACAGGGAAGCGGUUUGGAGACUGACAUGAUAUUCUUGAAGCCUCGCAUGGAGCUGCGUAAAAUGAUCAAUGAUGCAGCUUACGAUGGCGUUUUGGGUGUGGUUCUGGUCAACAAGACUCGUAAUGUAGAUAUUCAGACAUUUUACAAGGGCUCCCAGGGUGAAACCAAGUUUGAUGAAUAUGCAAGCGUGUCUUGCGAAGAUGCCCUUGCCAUUUUCAACAACCUCAAGGGUAGUAGAAAUGGUCAUAUGAACAUGCCUCCACAACACGUCCCUCAGCAGCAGUAUUACGGCGGAUAUAAUGUCCCGGCACCUGCGGCUCCCCCACACCAGGGCCAGGCCUACAUGCAACAGGCCUAUGGAGCCAUGGCUCCGCCUCCACAGGCUUAUGGUGCACCAGCACCUCCUCCUCCUCAAAUGUCACAGGGCUAUAGCGGAUAUCCGGGCCAUCCGAUCCAGGCUCCUCCCCCUACGCACAUCUCUCCUACACCUGCUGCUGUACCUCCUAUGGGCGCGACGCCUCAAGUUGAUCAACAACAGUUGUUCUCGGCAAUUCAGAAUCUGCCUCCAAACAUAGUAGCCAAUUUGUUGUCGAUGGCCCAGCAACAGCCCCAGCAACAACAUCAACUGCUUGGAAUCAUUCAGUCUAUGCAACCACAGGGAACCCCCGCCCAGGGCCCUGUGCCUGGCCCAGGUACUUAUACAGGGUUCCAGCCUAUUCCGCCUCAACCCACUUCCAAUUCUCCUCAGCCAGGCCCCAAUAUCUCACAAGCUGUUCCACACCAGCAAGCACAUAUCCAGCCAGGAUCAUUCGUGCCUUCGCCUAAAAAUCCUCCGGCCCAAAAUCCGGUCCCACAGCAACAAUCGCCCUCGAUGUCUGGUAACAAUAACGUUCAAAGUCUUCUUGACAGUCUGGCUCAACUACAGCAACGGUGA